CCCCGCCCCGGCCGCGGCCCUGCGGCCGUCGGGGAGCGGAGCCGCGGCCAUGCUGCGCCCCAAGGCCCUGACGCAGGUGCUGAGCCAGGCCAACACCGGCGGCGUCCAGAGCACACUGCUCCUGAACAAUGAGGGGUCCCUGCUUGCCUACUCAGGCUAUGGGGACACUGAUGCCAGGGUCACCGCGGCCAUAGCCAGCAACAUCUGGGUGGCCUAUGACAAGAACGGGCAUCAGGCAUUCAAUGAGGACAACCUCAAAUUCAUCCUCAUGGACUGCAUGGAAGGGCGAGUGGCCAUCACGCGAGUGGCAAACCUGCUGCUCUGCAUGUAUGCGAAGGAGACAGUUGGAUUUGGGAUGCUGAAGGCCAAGGCACAAGCGCUGGUCCAGUACCUGGAGGAGCCGCUCACACAGGUGGCCGCAUCCUGACCGCAGGAGCAGAGCUUGGAGGUGCCACCACAUCAAGGCCGGUGCCUUCAGCACCAUCAGCGACCCCAGAGCCUUUGCAGAGAAGCUGUGGGGAGCAAAAUCCCAACGGGGAGGAAUAAAAGUGGCUUUGAUGCUUGC